UUCCCACUCUUCGUGCUCUCCGCCUUCUCUCUCUCUCUCUCUCUCUCUCUCUCUUUCACAAACAGAUCUCUCUGUCGAGGAGCGAAAAUGGCGAUCAGUUCCUCUGCCUCCGUAUCCAUGCAAGCUCGUGUGCCGGCAACAGUGAGAGUCAGUCUCCAGAAGCCGGUAUCAAUCUUCAACUAUGGAAAGACUAAUCUUUCCUUCAACCUUCGCCAUCGGACACCCGCUCGCCUGACAAUAUCUUGCGCGGCCAAACAAGAGACGGUGGAGAAAGUGUCUGAGAUAGUGAAGAAGCAACUGUCGCUCGCCGCGAGUCAACAAGUUACCGCUGAGACCAAAUUCACCGAUCUCGGAGCAGAUUCUCUCGACACGGUCGAGAUAGUGAUGGGUCUCGAGGAAGAGUUCGGGAUAACAAUGGCGGAAGAGAGGGCCCAGAAGAUUGCAACAGUGGAGCAAGCUGCAGAACUCAUCGAAGAGCUCGUCAAAGAGAAGGACGCUUAGCCAAUACAAAUCCUUUUUUUUUUCAAGAGUAUCAAUUCCCAAGUGCAUGCGUCUUUGUCGCCUUCUUUGUUUGUCGGGCCUUAAUCAUAUGAUAUUUGUCACCUAAAACUUGUUAUAAUUCAAAUCCUCAGACUUUUUCAUAA